CUCAACUCUUGAACGACGGGAACCAACUCCGCCUUCGUGGAAUCGUGCUUGCAAGCUCAUCAGGUUUGGGCGCGUUCUUGUUCUUGUGCCCAAAUGCUAUUCUAAUCAUUCUCAAUCCGACCAUAACAGCUCGCAAACUCCUUCAAGUUCGAGCCUCGCGGAGCGUCGAGCUCGUCCCAAGCACGAUAUCCUUUACCCCGCAUCACGGCGAAUACGUGCGUAACGAGCUCGCAGCAGCGCCCACUCGCAACCUCAUUGCGAGAGUGACUUGUGCGCAUUAACAACGGCAACAAUGGCAUCAGGACAUAAUGACCCGAAGCUGCUGUACGCCAUCAACGGCGUCUCGGCCUACCACAUCGUCAAUGGCAAGGAAGAGCCGCUUACACCUGCCGGCCCGCAGACACUGUCCUUGUUGAUGGUCCCGACAACCUCGGCUUUUGCUGACCCUGCCAUCGAUUCCGAUAACACUCCCGCCGAGCAAGAUUUCUACCUCCAUCUCCAUCUUCCUCCCGAGCUCGACCUUCCCCUCCCGGCCACGACACAGAUCUACCACCAGCCACCCACCAGUUACCUCAUUCCGCGUUGGGACCUCGGCCCGGAUAGCGGCGCCUUCACGAGGAUCGAGUUCCCUUCGGUUGAGAGCAGGAAGGGGAUCCAGGAGGAUGUAGACACUUUUGAGACAAUCCUGGCGCAAUGCACCGCCUUCCUCGAGCGGGCGCCGCCACCCAGGAUUAGUAAGGGUGAGCAGUGGCGGGAGGGCAAGGGCGAGAAGAGCGCCGCGGCAAAGGCGGCACAAGCAGCCGGGGAUACACUCCCUGCAUAUAACCCGGCCGAUUUCAAGCCUGGUGAGGGCUAUGCCCGCGGAAGUCACAGCGGUGCAGCGCCAGGACAAAUUGUUCUUGUUGACGAGGAAGAUGGCAGCGUGAUAGGAGAACUGUCCGACGGGUUCCAGGUCGUCGAGGAUAAUAUGCUGAAGCCAGGAUCGAAAGACCCGGUCGAGAUUACUCUCCCCUCUGAUGGCGGGCAAAAGAUCAACGUCGCACCGAUAUCGCCCGAGCUGUACGGUGUGGAUCUGCAUCCGGCCUACAAAAAGUCAUUCCUCGUGUCAAACGCUUCAGCGGCUUCGCGUUUCAUCAUCACCGGUUCCGACAUGCUCUCCAAACUGCUGCAGAACCAAGCCGACAGCUUCACCAAGAAAGUUCCGCCGAGCGCCAAGCCCAUGACAUUCAAGCCCGCCACGCGCGAGCACAUCCGGCGCAUCAACAACUUCACCGGCAGCGCGGCGACGCUGUCCGCCAAGACGGUCGGGCAGAUCACAAAGGUUGCGCAGAACUGGGGCGCCUCGUUGGGCGGGCACGGCAAGGGCAAAGACGGGUCGGCGCGCCACAAGGGGUUCGACAAGGACGGCAAUCCGCUGCCGACGUACAAGCCGGGCCUGCUCAACAAGAGCAUGAUGGCCUUCUCAACCGUUAUGGACGGCGUUGAGCAGGCCGGGCGGAAUCUGCUCGCCUCGACGUCGGAUGCGGCCACCACGGUGGCGACGCACAAGUGGGGCCCCGAGGCGGGCGAGUUGACGCGCGGCCUUGGAGGCGGAGUCAAGAAUGUCGGCCUGGUUUACAUUGACGUGACGGGUGUCUCGCGCAGGGCGAUCCUGAAGAGCGUGGCCAAGGGCAUGGUUGUCGGCUACACUGCGACGGGAGAUAAUAUCGUGGUGGGAGGUGGCGAUGGGGGUGUCGCCGUGGUUGGCCAACAGGGACCGAAUAAGGAUGUCCAGUCGGUGAGCGGCAUGACGGUUGCUGAAGGGAAACAGCCUGAGGGUGCGUACCCCAUGGACGGCAAGUUUAAGUGAGAUGGGAGUUGGAGCGGUGGGGUGUCGGUAUUGCUGUUCAAGAUGGAACGGUCCUAGGGUUAGGUAUAAUGCUUCGAUAUACAAUAUGUGGGUUCUUUGCAUCUCAUUACCUGAGACGUUGAGUGAUGGUACUCGAUCAGGGGCACAAGGGUUGAGCUGUCGACUUUUCCCAUGC